UGUUCUUUGCAAUACGUCAAUCUGUGAUCUAUGCCGCACCUACAACAUUAACAAAAACACCCGCGGCAAUCGAUCUGUCAAUAACUUGAGGAAGUUUCGUUACAAAAUUAUUAUAGGGCCUAGGUACCUUCUAAGUAGAGAGGACAGAAAGAACUCCAGCAAACGAACAUGAAUUUCGACAGCUCCGAUCAGUUCAAGAACCCGCACCUGAUGACCACUUACACUCAAGCGCCUUCCAUAGCAACUGCAAAUAAUACACCUUUCUCGGUGAAAGAUAUCUUGAAUUUAGCAGAGCAGCAUCUGUACCAGUUCCCUUUCGUUGACUAUUCACACGCAACAUCACUUUUCCAGCAAGAAGUCCACAGUAGCCAUUGCACGGACAUGGAUACCAACACGGCAUCCGUUUACUCACCCUAUAUCCAUGAGAUUCGAGAAAUGCCGGAAAAAUAUAAGGUUCAGGAUCAGUCAUCUACAUGCGAUCAAGCUGAUGAAAUUUGUCAUCUAGAUUCAAUGUCUCAACGGGAUAUUGUCGUGAAGCUGACGAAAGAUGUGGACCCAAUUAAGCCAACAAAACCUCGACAACGACGCAAACCAAGGGUACUAUUUUCCCAGGCCCAAGUUUUUGAACUUGAACGACGUUUUAAACAGCAAAAAUAUCUAUCAGCACCCGAGAGAGAUCAUCUCGCAAAGGUACUAAAGCUUUCGCCGACCCAGGUAAAAAUUUGGUUUCAGAACAGACGAUACAAAUGCAAACGGCAGCGCCAGGAUAGAAACUUGGAGCUAGAAGACCAUGGUCAGUUACCAUCUCGCCGCGUACCUGUACCGGUUCUGGUCCGCGAUGGGCGUUCAUGCCUCACCUCUCCGCCCCCUUAUAACUUUAACACCCCCCAAUACGUUAUGGACAUGAAUUGCCCAUCGCCGUAUGGUUCACAUUUUUCGUAUGGUACCUCAAGCCAACAGACCAUGUCACCUCAAUGCAACUAUAUCCAGUCGCCGAUUCAAGACCUCAGACCAUGGUAGGAGUUGGCAAUGUUGAACACAGAGAUUGGACGAAGUCGGGUGUGUGUGUGUGUGUGUGUGUGUGUUUGGUGGGGCGUUGGUCAAUCAUACUUAUAUUACCCAAUAACGCGAUGGGCGCGAGCCAGAACAAAGAAAGUCUACAUCGGAUGUUGUCCGUGUUUCUAAUGUGUAGUCUAAUUUUGUCUGUCACUGGGAGGAAUAUUUUCAAUCUUAUCAUCACAUAUUUUGGCCCGACACGGGAAACUUGAAAGACUGAUAAUGCUAUAGGCCUACAUGCUGACUGCUUCGAUCUAGGAGGAAAAGUUUAAAAUAAAACGAUGUAAAUAAUUAUUUUAAUUUAGCGUAACAAUUAGCUACUGUCAGUAAAUAAUUAUUAGAAAAAAGGUUUUUAAGAUUAUGGCUUGUGGUAGACGACUCGUCUACCACAUCUACUUUGGUAGAUACGGCUAGUUACAACAUAAGCAGUUUUUUGGAAAACCAUUAUUAAUAAUAGUUUAUAAGUAUUAAGUAGUUUUAUAAGUGCUCUCAAGUUAUGUAUUUCCGGUAAUUUG